ACACUUGAGCUCAUACACGCACUCUCUCCCUCUCUCUCUCUUCUCAUCCAAUUUCCCAGCACCAUCCCUCCCUCCUCUCACUCCUCUGUCUCUCCAUGUAUAUAUAAACCCCAAAAAACACACAAAUACUCACAACUUCUCUUCAGCUCAGAAGCAAAAACAUAAAUAAUAAAUAAUAAUAAAAUAUUUCUAUUCAAUUAUUUUCUUCCGGGAUCCAGACAUGUACGGCGGCGGCGAAGAUCCGAAUCCGAAACAAAAACCCAUCGUGAUCCGGGAAGUGUGGGCCCACAAUCUCGAAUCCGAAUUCGAGCUGAUCCAGAGCGUCAUCGACGCCUACCCUUUCAUCUCCAUGGACACCGAGUUCCCGGGCCUCAUCUUCCGCCCGACCGUGGACCCCACGAGGCCAUACAGCAGCCAACUCCAGCCGUCUGAUCACUACAGGGUCCUGAAAUCAAACGUCGACGCCCUCAGCCUCAUCCAGGUGGGCCUCACCCUCUCCGACUGCCGCGGCAAUCUCCCUGACCUCGGCGGCUCCCCCACGCGCUUCAUCUGGGAGUUCAACUUCAGCGACUUCGACGUCACGCGUGACCCCCACGCUCCCGACUCCAUCGCCCUCCUCCGCCGCCAGGGCAUCGACUUCGACCGCAACCGGUCCGAAGGGGUCGACUCUGCCCGGUUCGCCGCGCUGAUGAUGUCAUCGGGGCUCGUCUGCAACGACUCGGUGAGUUGGGUCACGUUCCACAGCGCGUACGACUUCGGCUACCUGGUCAAAAUUCUCACGCGCCGGAACUUGCCCAGUGGCUUGGACGAGUUUUUGAGGAUUUUGAGGGUCUUUUUCGGAAACAGAGUUUAUGACGUGAAGCACAUGAUGCGCUUCUGUAAGAGCUUGUACGGUGGGUUGGACCGGGUUGCUAGAACCUUAAAGGUGGACCGGGCGGUCGGAAAGUGCCACCAGGCCGGUUCGGAUAGCUUGCUGACAUGGCAUGCGUUUCAGAAGAUGAGGGAUGUGUAUUUUGUGCAUGGCGGGCCUGAGCGACACGCUGGAGUGUUGUAUGGAUUGGAAGUGUUUUGAUUAUUUAAAGAUGCAAAAAAUUUAUGAAUUAAUUUGUAUAUUAAAUUUAAUUGCUUUCUUAAUUGGGGCAAUUUAAUUAAUAAGAU